CGCCUGCUCCGCCGCCCUCUCUCACGCCUGAUCUUCACCAUCGCCGGUGACGCUGCCGACCACCCACACUCUUUUGAAUCGGCCUCCGCCAUACGCUCAUUUGCACCAUACAACAACACUCACUUGAACGUCUAGACGACGUGUCACACGCUCGUGCAGCUUCAACGACAGUCCUUCUCGUGCUUUCGCCGUUAGAUUUCCAGCGCAGACCAGCAUAUUCCAUUGGACCUGGAGUCAAACGAGACAGUAUCAGCCAUCGCCUAGAAGUCGACAAGUCUCGCAGCAGAAGUCUCAAUCAACACAUCGUCUUGGCUCACGCAACGACUUGUGUUUGAUCGGCAAACAUCAUCGCUAUCGACGACAUCCAUCAUCAAAACGAUCGACGUCAACGGAAACAAUCGAGCAUUCCGGCUUUUCGUCAUCUUGCAUCGAUUCCAGAUCUUCCAAGAGUACCAGCUGCCCGGAUAGACUCAUUCCAUCAUGCGAUUCUUGGAGUUUUCGGCGCUCGCCGCCGGUCUCGUCGCUGCUGUUCCCCAUGAGGUCCAGCCAUAUGGUGCAAUGACCACCAGCGCACCAGUGACGUCCGCAACGACGACCCAAUACACCACGGUAACGGUGUUCCGUGUGGCGACGACCAUUACAGCGACACGCAACGGCACCAUGGCGACAUACGAGAGCACGAGCACUGAAACCUCACCACUCGCCGCAGCGACAGCUCCGUACCGCACAGGUGCAUUGUACGGCUACGGCAACAGCACAGCAGUCGGUACUGGCGCGUUACCGAGCGCGACUUACUCAGGCCCUGCCUCAACUGGCGCUGCCGGCAAGUUGAACGUCCAGGCUUUCGGCCUGGCCGCUGCUGUCGGCGUCAUUGGACUUCUUGUCUGAUCUUGUUGAGCAUAACAAAAUAUCACUUGAUAUGGUUUCUUGCAUGAAUCUGAAUUGGCGACGAUUUCGAUUUCAUUGCCCUCUUUGGCAGCUUGCCGCAUUCCGAUGUUGUUACGAGAUUACGUGUGACGGGAGCGAAUAGCUGUUGAUUCUUUCUGUUUGGCCACCUUGGGCAAGCGAGAUCACCAACAUGGACCGCCGUUGUGUUUUUGGAGCGCUGAUCGACGACGAAGAGAUACCACCAUGUUUUUGAUUGUUUUUGCGAGUUCUUGUGUGUAGUUUCAACCUAUUAGGUCAGACAAGAGAAAUUCGGAAAGGUGCUUACUAGUACUAUGAAC